CGGUGGCGUGGCUCGUCGCUCUGUGCCGUCGCGGGCAUCGCACAGGCCCGCGCGGCCGCGUUGUGUGCGACUUGUGCUUGCCCGCACUCGCUAUUUCUGUCUUGUACAUGCGGUUUCUGUCCUCCCUCUCGCCCGUCGCUCGCUUGUUGGUGUCCUUAUUUUCGAGCCCGUGCGGCCAGCAGCCCGGCCUGGCAAGCAUGCUCCUGCGUCCCAAAACACCGCCUGUCUUGGGCUCGCCCCCCCCCGCUCCCUUACUCUUUGAUCUCCAUCCGCCACCGCUGAGCUGCCUCCCUGCCCUCGGCUGCUCAACCUCCCGCCGUCCAGCCCGUCGCCUCGCUCCGUCUCGCUACCCUUGUCCUCUAUCUGCAAUGACCUCCGUUACUGACCAGAUCGCCGUCCCCCAGGCCGCCGACCAGAUCGUGUCGCCCUCCGUCGAGGUCGCUGCAGCGGCCAAGAACGAGGCCCUCGGCGUGCUGGCCGCUCUCUCGGAACAGUCGUUUGCGGCCCCGCCCGCUGCUGUCGACGUGGCCGAUGUGGCUGCUGCGGCUGCUGUCGAGCCCCAGACCGAAUCGCUGGUGGUGCCCGUUGCCCACUCGGAAGCUGCCGAAGAAGCCCGCCGUGAGGUCCAGCAAGCUGUGGAGGCUCUGAUCGACAGCACCGCAACCACCGAGACUGUCGAGACUGUCGAGGUUGUCGAGAUCACCCAGGCUGUCGAGACUGUGGAGACUGUGGAGACUGUGGAGACUGUGGAGACUGUGGAGACUGUGGAGACAACCGAGGCCGCCGCCGUUGAGGAAGUCGCUGUCAAGGAAGCUGCUAUUGAAACCACUGCUGCCGAAACCGUUGUCGUUGAAACCACUGCUGCCGAAACCGUUGUCGUUGAGACCACUGCUGCCGAGCCCGCUGUCGUUGAAACUGCUGUCGUUGAAACCGCCGAGACUGUGGCCGUUGCUGAAGCCCCCAUCGCUGUCGAAACUGUUGUCGAGGAAGUCGUCGUCGUUGAUAGCACCGCCACCGCCGAAACUACCACCACUACCACCACCACCACCACAACAGUCGCCCAGCCUGAGCCGGCCGCGGUGGAGACCGAGGCCGUUCACGAGAUUCGUGAUCCUUCCCCCGCCACCCCUCCCGAGACCAUCGAGACCGAGACCAUUGCUGUGCGCGAUCUCGAGAAGCUGAAGGACGAGCUCAGCACCAGCCGAGUCUCGUCGCCCCUCUCUCCUCCCGGCACCCCGCGUCUGCGCGGCUCUGUUCCCGAUGCCAGGGUUCUCUCCCCGGCUCCCAUGGCCCGCAAGAUCGAGGACGGCCCUCCCGUCCCGGUCGGCUCCAUCUAUUCUCCUGUCCGUGCCACCAACCCCAUCCUGGACGAGAUUCUGCACUCGCUCCAGCUGCUGUCCGAUAACGACCCUUCGCUCACCGACCUGGACCUCAAGGACUGCACCAUGUUUACCGCCCAGCACGGCGCCGCCCUGAGCUCCGCGCUGCUCUUCAACACCCACCUCAAGACUAUCAACCUCGCCAACACCAAGAUCCAGACCCAGACCGCCAUCGACCUGGCCAGCAGCCUGAAGCACAACGAGUCCGUCGAGGUCCUCAACCUCGAGAACAACCAGAUUGCUCCCCAAGGAAUCAAGGCCCUCGCCAGCAUGCUCGAGGUCAACCAAACCCUGAAGGAUCUCCGGCUAGCCAACCAGCGUGUGCUUGCUGGAACUGAUGCGGAGCAGGAGCUCGCCAAGGCCCUCGCCAAGAACACCACUCUCCUGAAACUCGGUCUUUCGAUCCGCGACCCGGCCUCGCGAAACCAGUGCGAUCGUUCCAUCACCCGCAACAAGGAGAUUGCACGAAAGGCUCGUCUGGCUGCCGCCCAGAGCUCGUAAGACUGCGGCCCUGCCGGAAAUUGGUGCACCUAAGUUAUUCAACCGUGGUUUGAUCGAGUUCUUGCGUACUCUCCUUUUGGAUUCUUUGCCCGUCCGCCUCCCUCUUCUCUUUGUUCCUCCCACAUUUCGUCCGUAUCCU